AUGGGUACAUUAAAAAAUGCUCAACGAAGUGUAAUUGCUGCUAUAGUUUUAUCAAGUAUUGCAUAUGCUCAAAUAUUCUAUUGCUAUGAAGCUAAUUUAACCAAUACUUCACUUCAAUGCUAUGGAAGAAAUGCUUGGUGUCGAUUAUUAAUUGAUACAGAAUUUGUUUCUAUUACUGUUUUAAUUCCUUCAAUGAUGAUGCUCAUUUUCGGACUUCUGACCAUUUUAAGUAUACACAAAGUCAUUCUUCGUCAAAUUCAACCUAUAACUAAAUCAGGGAACAUUUACACAUUAAGUGGUGGAACUAUUUUUCGAAAAGCACUACGUGAUUUCGCAUUAGAUUAA